AGGCUAACCCUUGUAGAAAGUAUACCAUUAGGUUUAAAGUAUGAAAAAAACGCCACCAUUCAUCCGUCCACUGUCUCUGCACUACAUGAUCUAGUCGUAAAUGCUAAUACCAGUAUUCAUAUCGCCUCUUACUAUUGGUCAAUGAGAGGCAAAGACUUAUCCUACCAUGAUGACACUUCAAAACCUGGUGAAAACUUGUUUGAAUCCUUGCUACAAGCUGGUAAAAAUAAAGUCAAAAUUCAAAUUGUUCAGAAUUUACCGUCCAAAGUUUAUCCAGAUAAUGAUACUAAAAUAUUAGCUAAAGAAGCCAAUGCUGAAGUAAGAACGUUAAAUAUGACCAAGCUAAUUGGCAAAGGUAUUUUGCACACCAAACUGUGGAUAUUUGAUGAGAAACAUUUCUAUGUUGGUAGUGCUAAUCUAGACUGGAGAUCUUUUACUCAGGUUAAAGAACUUGGAAUAGUUGUAAAAGACUGUUCCUGUUUAGCGAAAGAUAUGAUGAAGAUUUUUGAAGUUUACUGGUUUUUAGCUAAUGAAGAAAAAAUACCAAGUUCUUACGCAUCUAAAUAUUUGACUAAGAUUAAUAUUGGAAACCCUGAUUUCAUCAGAUAUAAUGACAAUCAAACAGCUCAUAUCUAUCUCUCAAGUUCCCCUCCCCAACUGUGUCCAGGGUUAAAAACACGAGAAGAGAGGACAACUGAUGAGAAUGCUAUAUUAUCAGUAAUAUCUGAGGCUAAAAGCUAUAUUUACAUUGCCGUUAUGGACUAUUACCCUACUACACUCUAUAAUGUUAAAAAUAUCUACUGGCCUAAUAUAGAUGAUGCAUUAAGAAAAGCUGCGUUUGAUAGAGCGAUACAUGUCAGGUUGCUGGCCAGUCAUUGGAAUCAUACCAGAUACGAGAUGUUUAAUUAUUUACGAUCAUUAUUCUCAAUCAGCAAAAAAAAUGUCAGUAUUGAAGUGAAAGUGUUCCGAGUGAACUAUACUGCAGAUCAAGCUAAAAUACCAUUUUCUCGAGUAAAUCACAAUAAAUAUAUGGUUACAGAUAAACAUGCUUAUAUUGGAACGUCAAAUUGGUCUGGAGAUUAUUUUAUAAAUACAUGUGGUGUGGGAUUUAUAUUGAAACCUAAUAGUACAACGAAAUCAGGUGAAGACGUGAGAAAACAGUUGGAGGAAGUGUUUCUCAGGGACUGGUACUCUCCUUAUGCUUUUAAUAUCUAUAGAAACCAUUCCAUAAAACCCUAUCCUCAUCGUGACCCUCUACGAUAUCAGGAACUGUAA